AGUCGCCGCUCUGCGAUGGGGGAGGGGAGCACAGGGCCAGGACCCAGGUCCUUGGAGACUCGAGCCCAAAGAGCCCAGGGAGGGCCGGUUUGGGGCGGCAGAAGGACUGAAUCAGGACUUACCCGAAGUUGCCGCGGGGCCUUCCGAUCCCCUAGGCCAUUGCCCAAAUCUGGCCAGGCUGAUCAGACCAGUGAGGAAUCUCUGCACCUUGACAUUCAGAAACUGAAGGAGAAGAGGGACAUGCUGGACAAGGAGAUCUCCCAGUUCAUAUCUGAAGGCUACAGUGUGGAUGAACUGGAGGACCACAUUACCCAGCUUCACGAGUACAAUGACAUCAAGGAUGUGGGGCAGAUGCUGAUGGGCAAACUAGCUGUGAUCCGAGGUGUCACCACCAAAGAGUUGUAUCCAGAGUUUGGUCUGGACAUGAAUGACUGAGCAGCACCCAGGGACAGUGUGACCAUGAUAAACCCUGAGAGCCCAACCAGCAUACCUACAGAGUUUCCAGUGAGAAAAUGCCAGAAGCGCUUUUCUAGAGAGCCCAAGAUGAAUUGGGAGGAGCCUAGAGGAAAGGAAGGCCGGGAGGAAGGGGCGUUCCCAGCUCCAAGUUUCCUGAAAUGUCGCAGUGAUACUUGUAUAGGGGUACAUGUAUUUUAUUUGUCAAUAAACGGAUACUGAUUCCCUCUA